GGUCAAACAUGUUUUGUAGGGCCUAAAAUGUGCAAGCUCAUUGGCUCCCCUUUCUUGUAAGUCAAAUUUUAUGUCUUCAGGUAAAGAAGGCCAGCCAUCUAACGCGAGAAUGCAGAGCCACGUUGACAGUGUGGUAAUGUACAGGUAUUUCUGAAAAACAAUUGCCGUAUUUUUCUGUUUGUCGGACCGUCAAGUUACCUGUAAGAGGUUUCUUAUAACCUCUUACAGGUAAGAGUCUGUUUUCAGCUCUUCAUACAGAGAGCAUGAGUGUGGGUUUCAUAGGAGCGGGCCAGCUGGCCCACGCUCUGGUCAAAGGCUUCACAGCUGCAGGUGUGAUUGCCAUCCACAAAAUUACAGCCAGUUCGCCUGAUACCGAUCUCCCCACAGUACAGCAACUUCGGAAAUUAGGUGUGAAUUUCACCACCAGCAACAAGGAGACAGUGAGCAAAAGUGAUGUUCUUUUUCUGGCUGUGAAGCCCCACAUCAUUCCUUUUGUGCUUGAUGAAAUUGGACCAGAUAUUGAAGACCGUCACCUUAUUGUUUCCUGUUCUGCGGGUGUCACUAUAAGCUCCAUAGAAAAGAAGUUGCAGCAAUAUCGCACUACCCCAAAGGUAAUGCGUUGUAUGACUAACACUCCAGUGGGGGUGCGUGAAGGGGCCACUGUCUAUGCUACAGGCACCCAUGCUCAGGUAGAUGAUGGUAAGCUCCUGGAACAGCUGAUGGCCAGUGUUGGCUACUGUACUGAAGUUGAAGAGGAUCUCAUUGAUGCUGUCACUGGCCUGAGCGGCAGUGGCCCUGCUUAUGCAUUCACAGCUGUAGAUGCUCUUGCUGAUGGUGGAGUGAAAAUGGGCCUGCCCAGGAGAUUGGCUGUACGCCUUGGAGCCCAAGCCCUGAUGGGUGCUGCUCGAAUGUUGUUGGACUCAGAUCAACACCCUGGGCAGCUCAAGGAUAAUGUGUGUUCACCAGGGGGCGCUACUAUCCACGCACUACAUGUCAUGGAGAGUGGUGGCUUCCGCAGCCUUCUAAUUGAUGCUGUAGAAGCCUCUUGUGUUAGGACUAGGGAACUUCAGUGUUUGGCUGAUCAAGAGAAGAUCUCCCCCACUGCCAUAAAGAAGACAACUUUGGACAAAGUGCUGCAACAGCCAGGAGUCACUGCAGAAGCUGUUGGAGUCAGAUCUCGUGGAAUCAAUAUCUUCAAUACCAGUAAAUCCAAGCCCAAGAAGAACUGAUUUUUUUUUGUCAGGCAGUAGAACUACAAACUCAGCACAUAAGCUAUGCUUGUGCAGAGCUCUCAACUAAUUUUGGAAUGAGACCUGCAUGAGCAAAAAAGAAUUGAGAAAUAAAAUGCCUUCAGUAUGUAA